ACGGCUUCCCAUCACAGCACAGCCCUCUUUCACAUGGCGCAGAGAUGUGGAGGAGGGGGGGGGACAAGCCGGACUGCGCUCACAGAAGGAUAAGGUGGAUGGAUAAUCUUUCAUUUUAAUGAUUUUUAAUAUCUUUCUGUCAUUUUUGUUGCGCUUUGAAAUCAAAACUGCGCCAUAUUCAGCCCACCACGCCCGGAGCUCAGCUGCCAGAGUCGCUGUUGCAUUCUGCUGAACUUGUUGCGCAAAGUUAAUUUCCCCUUUCGUGGAGAGGAAUAAGGUGAAGUUGUAACCAGUAAUGAUUUUGAGCUCCGUGGGGGCUUGCUGCCUCAGCCCGGAGGCCAAAGAGGCUCGCAGGAUCAACGAUGAGAUUGAGAGGCAGCUCCGCCGGGACAAGAGGGAUUCCCGACGGGAAUAUAAGCUCCUUUUGCUCGGAACUGGUGAAAGUGGUAAGAGCACUUUCAUUAAACAGAUGAGGAUCAUCCAUGGCCGCGGAUACUCUGAUGAGGACAAGAGAGGCUUCAAAAGGCUUGUGUACCAGAACAUUUUCACAGCCAUGCAGGCCAUGAUCCAGGCCAUGAACACACUGCAGAUCCCCUACAAGUAUGAGCACAACAAGGCCAACGCCACCAUCGUCAGUAAGGUCGAUGUGGAACAGCUCGUAGCAUUAACCAACCCAUACGUUGAUGCCUUGAAGAGCCUGUGGAGUGACCUGGGAAUAAAGGAAUGCUACAAUCGGAAGAGGGAAUACCAGCUCUCAGACUCAGCCAAAUACUAUCUGGAUGACUUGGAUCGAAUUUCUGAUACUGGGUAUCUGCCAACUCAGCAAGAUGUCCUGAGAGUGAGGGUGCCCACAACAGGUAUCAUAGAGUACCCCUUUGACCUGGAGGGCGUGGUGUUCAGGAUGGUGGAUGUGGGUGGCCAGCGUUCAGAGAGGAGGAAAUGGAUCCACUGUUUUGAGAAAGUCACUUCCAUCAUGUUCCUGGUGGCACUUAGCGAAUAUGAUCAGGUCCUCGCUGAGUCUGCCAAUGAGAACCGAAUGGAAGAAAGCAUGGCCUUGUUCAAGACAAUCAUAAGCUACGAGUGGUUUGAUGAAUCCUCGAUCAUCUUGUUCCUCAACAAGAUAGACUUACUUGAGGAAAAAAUCAUGUAUUCACAUUUGGUUGACUACUUCCCGGAGUACGAAGGUCCUCCACAGGAUGUCCAAGCAGGAAAACAAUUCAUCUUAGAAAUGUUUGUCAGUCUGAACCCAGAUGAGAAAAAAAUCAUCUACUCCCAUUUCACCUGCGCCACAGACACAGACAACGUUCGGUUUGUCUUCUGCGCGGUGAAGGACCACAUCUUGCAGAGCCACCUGAAUGCCUACAACUUGGUUUAAAACGGCGGCGUUUUUAUUUUAUUUUUAUUUUUUGCUGUAAUUGAAUCGGCUCUGUACAGCUGGCGGCCAGGAAAGCUCCUCUGUGGUUCUGUUUGCUUCACGCUGCUGUCGAACUCUUUAAUCCAAAAACAGGAGAUGGAGAAGUAACAGGGCUUGUCGUCAAAUGGCUCUACUGCUGAUGUGUUUCACAUUUUCUAGCUGCACUCUUUGAAAGUGGAUGUCUCCAAGUGUGACUUGGCGAGGAGGUCUGUCAUAGUAUGCACUGAAUUUUACGGGGCGUUUUGUGGAGCAGUUUAAAUGCACAUGGAUGAAUUGAGAAGGGGGAACGGAGUAUGUCAGUGGCCUCAAAAGCCCCAGAGGACUUCUAAUGUACGAGGUCUCUGCUUCAGGGAAUCUGUGGAGGUGAAUGUCGACUAACUGCAAUGCAGCGCCUCACGUCACUAAUCCAAGUUUGUCAUGGUUUGUUUUUCAAGCUGAAAAGCAUUUGAAGCAUCUGAAUGCUUAGGUUGUGCCUUGACUUAAAGGGAACGAGUCAUAAUUAACACUAAUGACACACUGACUUUAUUCCAGCCAUAUCGCAAAGUAUCGCACGCUCGAUACUUUGUAGCACCGGCGCUUUUGCCUCACCUGCUCGGCUUUUGGCCUUUUCCCGCGGUGUUGUUUCAACUUUCAUUUCAAUCUGUGCACCUCACAUUUGUCUGCUGUGCCACCGAUAAACCACUUUUUAUGAGCACGGCAUUCCUUUUUUUUUUAAAUUCUACACAUUUCAAAGUGAUAUUUGCAUUUAUUUCUUGCAUCAGUUGUACAGAUGAAUAGUGAGUUUCUUCAGUUCAGAGACUGUUUGGCUUUUUAAGUAGAUGUCUUGCUUUUGCUCAGAAGCUUUUAUAACUUCUCCUUUUAUUUAUCUGAAGGCAUAGUGAACGUAUUGCAUGGUUGGGUAAUCUCCCGCUGCGGUUAUUUUUCUUUCUUUUUGCUCACAUCACGGUCAGUGUUGAAACCGCUACAGGAAGAACUGUUAAAUGUUAAAUCAUCUCUGACGCAUUAGAAAAAAACUCACGAGCGUGUAUCCGUGUCUUUGUUCUUCACAGAACCCCCUUCACUGUCCAAUUUGUACCAUUUUAUUUAUUGUGUAUUUCACUCUGACUGCAAUAUCUUAAUGCAGUCUUUUAAAUGUGAUUGGAUAAAUAAACAGUCUGUUCAUGUCA